AUGGUAUCAGAGAUCACAAGAAAGAAGAAUAAGCUUGGGGCAGGCUGCAUUGUAAAAUUACGCAGAAAGAAAGCCAAAAACGUUUGUGAAGGAAUUUGUUCGGAGAAUCGUUGCCCGAAUUUCUAUACUGCGUGUCUAAAUGGGUGUGGUAAUACCGCAAAAAAUUGCAAGUUGGAGAAAGGUUCUUAUGGACAUCCAGCUCUGGGUUUGGGUGUAAGAGAGAGGUACAACGUGACUUAUGUUACCUUUGUAAUUGUGAGAUCAAGGCUUCCUCAAAUCUCAUUGAACUUCUGUAGACUAACCUGGAUCAAAGAUUUCAGCACCUUUCAGGAAUUCCUGAACAAACGCGGAGAUCCUGGAGCACUCAUCCCUUGCGCCUUUGGCCCGAAAUGUCGCUGGCGACCCGAAGAAAAUAGUUAUGGAUUAAAAUAUGACGUUGAGCGCAGUGGGAUAAAUUUUAUCAAGCGUUGUUACCUCCAGCUUCAGCACAGAUACGCUCUCAAAAUUGACUCUUUCGUAACAUUCAGGCCUAAGAAUCAUCCUGGCACUAAGCAUGCUUAUGGUUUGAGAUUCACCGAAGAUUCUUAUAGCAAGAUCACGAAGAGAGUUGGACUGGAGAAAGAAAGGUUUGUUCGGACUGACGAUCUAAAAAGAGGAAGAGGUGGUGCUACAGGAACUACAAAACCUCUUGAUACAGGGUCAUUGCCUUCCGUCGAUAUUGACAAGCGUCCCUAUUGCACUUGA